AUGGGCAGCAGCAGGCUGUUUGGUACCCUGGCCCAGACCCUGAACAGUGCUCCCCUGGUCCAGCAGGACUACUACCCAGAGCACCAGGACCCAGACCAGGACCCAGAGGGCCUGGAGCAGGCCAACCCAGACCAGCUGCUCAGAGAGUGUGAGGAAGCCCUCCAGAACCGGCCGGCCCGGCCACACAGGGACCUGGUCUACGUUGCAGACCCAACACACCAGCACCAAUACAGGAACCAUGAGCAGCAGAACACACCACCAAUACGGGUCAUGACGUGGAACAUCCUAGCUCAAGGUACAUAGACCUCUAUAGAUGAUAGAGUACUACAGAUUACAGAAGACCACAAGAGCAUCUGUAUGUCUGAGUGGACAAAACAUUAGGACCACCUUCCUUAUAUUGAGUUGCACCCCCUUUUGCCCUCAAAACAGCCUCAAUUUGUCGGGGCGUGGACUCUACAAGGUGUCGAAAGCGUUCCACAGGGAUGCCGGCCCAUGUUGACUCCAAUGCUUCCCACAGUUGUGUCAAGUUGGCUGGAUGUCCUUUGGGUGGUGGACCAUUCUUGACACAUACAGGAAACUGUUGAGCGUAAAAAAACGAAGAGUUGCAGUUCUUGACACACUUAAAAAUCCUUCUUUAACCUGUCUCCUCCCCUUCAUCUACACUGAUUGAAGUGGAAUUUACAAGUGACAUCAAUAAGGGAUCAUAGCUUUCACCUGGAUUCACCCAGUCAGUUUAUGCCAUGGAAAGAGCAGGUGUUCCUAAUGUUUUGUACACUCAGUGUAUAUCCAAGACUUGGUCUCAAGACUGCAGACCGUGAUACUGCUCAAAGUGUUCACGAUCAGAAAUGGGGAGAACUGUACAUAGUAUACGUUAUGUCUACUCUGGUAAUGUCAGCUAACUACAUUUACACAUUACAUUUCAGUCAUUUAGCAGACGCUCUUAUCCAGAGCGACUUACAGUGGUGAGUGCAUACAUUUUCUUAGUUUUUGUACUGGUCCCCAAUGGAAAUCGAACCCACAAACCUGCCGUUGCAAGCGCCAUGCUCUACAACUGAGCAAACUGGACCCUGCUAACUGCCCUCUCUCCUCUCAGCUCUAGGGGAGGGUAAAGACGUCUUUGUGCGCUGUCCUCAGGAGGCUCUGAUCUGGGCUGAGCGGAAGUACCUGAUCCUGGAGCAGAUCCUCACUUACCGCCCUGACAUCCUGUGUCUCCAGGAAGUGGACCACUACUACGACACCUUCCAGCCCAUCCUGGCCAGCCUGGGCUACCACAGCACCUUCCUGUCCAAGCCCUGGUCCCCCUGCCUGGACGUGGCCAGCAACAACGGCCCUGACGGCUGUGCUCUCUUCUACCGCCGCGCCCGCUUCAGCCUCCUCUCUACCUCCCACCUGCGCCUCUCCGCCAUGAUGCUGCCUACCAACCAGGUGGCCAUCGUGCAAACGCUGCGUUGCCAGGAGACGGGCCAGAGGCUGUGCGUGGCCGUGACCCACCUGAAGGCGAGGAGCGGCUGGGAGAGGCUGAGGGGUGCCCAGGGGGCUGACCUGCUGCAGAGCCUGAAGGCUAUCACCUCGGGGCCGGCUGGGUCUGACCCAGUCAGUAGGGGAGCUGGGGGAGGGAAUGGGACAGAGGGGGUGCCUCUGAUAGUGUGUGGGGACUUUAACGCUGAGCCCUCGGAGGACGUAUACAAGCGUUUUAUCUCCUCCCCACUGGGUCUGGGCUCAGCCUAUAAGCUGCUGAGUGCAGACGGGCAGACAGAGCCAGCCUUCACUACCUGGAAGAUCCGUCCCUCAGGGGAGAGCUGCAGUACCCUGGACUACAUCUGGUACUCUCACGAUGCUUUCACUGUUAACACCCUGCUGGACAUACCCACUGAGGAAGAGAUAGGACCUGACCGCCUGCCCUCGUACCACUACCCCUCCGACCACCUAUCACUGCUCUGUGAUGUCAGCUUCAGGUAG